UGGACUACACAGGUCAGCAGGUAGAAAGUUUUGACAGUUUAAAAUACAUUAACUGCAGAAUUAAGAAAAAAAAAUGGAAAUGAAGAAAAUGUGAAAUCUGUUAUCCAGUUAUCUGCUUCUUUGUUUUGUCUGUUGAAUGAAAGAUAUCAAUUAAUAAUCUUUCUUAUUUUUUGAUGUCCAAACAUCUGCCAAACUACAUACUGCAUUAUCCUGCACAAUUUUCAGAAAACGAUGUCUAAUCUCAAGGACGAUACCGGAGUGUAUCAUUUAACUGUUGGAACAGAGGUCAGCGCUAAAUACAGAGGGGCAUUCUGUGAAGCUCAAAUCAAAGUUGUGAAGAAAAAUGUUUCCUACAAGGUUUUGAGCAAGAAAACUGGCAAAAGUUGUCAUUUAUCAGAAGAAAAUAUAAACGGCCUAUUGAAGAUUGGUUCAGCUGUGGAAGCUUUAUUUCCUGAACAAACUGAUUGGCAGGAAUGUACAAUACAAAGUGCUAAGGACAAAAGUUCCUAUACAGUUAUUUUUGAUGAUGGAGAUGAAAGGACAUUAUCUCGUGGAUCAUUAUGCUUGAAAGGUGAUCGUCAUUAUGCAAAGAGUGAAACUCUCGAUAAUCUACCACUCACCGAUCCAGAAAAUUUUGGUACUCCUGUUCUUGCAAUGAAAAAGAGUCGAUCACGGAGGAGACCAGUAGAAGAUGAAUAUGAUGAUGAAAGUGAAGAUCAAAGGACUCCUGAAAAAGAAAAACCACCGAAAGAUACAGGUAAAAAGAAAACAAUAGAUGAAAGUGAUAAGCAAGAAUCUAGUAGUGAAGAGGAAGAGGAGGAUGAUGAUGAAAAACGUAAACGAUGGUUGGCAGAUCCAUUGAUGGGCAAAGUUGUUAUUGUGGAGCCAAACGACAAGAGAAAACACUGGUUCCCAGGGCUAGUUGUCAACCCUCUUUGUUAUGAAAGACAUCGAAAUCUAGCAGCCAAUCAUAUCGUUGUUCGAUCAUUCAAGACAGGGAAGUUUUUGAGAGUAAAUCGUUCAAGCGUUAAAGAAAUGACUUCAAGCACAAUACCAACUAAACUUGACAGUGUAUGGAAAGAUGUCAUUUCUGAUGCUCAAAAUUGGCAAAAUUCAAGAGUUGUGUCUGAUGAGUGGAGAAUUGAUAUUAAAGAUAUUCUCAGUGACAGUGAGGAUGAUGAAAGUAGCGAUGAGGAAAAAAAUGAUAAAAACAAGAAAAAAUCAGAAAAAGAGGAUGAAAAUGAAGAUGAUAAAAAAGAUAAAGAGGAGGAAAAGAAGAAUCAUGAUUUCUUAGAAAUUCUAUAUAAAUUUAUGGAUGAUCGUGGAACUCCCAUCAAUAAAACUCCAGUACUUGGUUAUAAAGACCUUGAUUUGCAUUUAUUAUACGGACUUGUUGAACAACGCCAAGGAUCUCUUUCUAUCAAAUCUAUAAAGGAUUGGAAACAAAUAUAUCUUGACCUUGGUAUACCCAAGCCUAACCCUGCCGCUGGAUACAACGUUCGAACCGCAUAUGCAAAAUACUUAGGCGCUUACGAGGAAUACUGCAUGAGUUGGAAGCAUUUACCUCUGCCUGUGAAAAAGUCGUCCAAAGCGCCAGGGUCACAAAAUUCAGCAUCAAAAGAAAAGAAAAAAGUCACAGGAAAAAUCAAAGAAGAACCCCCAGAAAAAGUAAUAAAAAAAGAGAUGGAUAAAACUUCUCAGGAAAAAAGGAAAAUUAAGCUGAAAGACAAAGAUGCACAAAAAAAUAAAAGCCUGGAUUCAAGUGCAGAGGGAAAAACGAGAGGCCGAAAUUCCCCAAAUAUUGUUGAUUUGAAAGCACUCACUCAACAACGUAGAACUGCUCAAAGAAGAAGGGCAUCUGAAUCAUCCUCUGCAUCUGAUGUUACAACGGUGUCUAGUGGUAAAAGUGAAAAGAAAAAGACAUCCAAAACUAUCACUUCAAAGAAAGAUGAAGAGAGAUUUCGAAGUCCUGGUGGUCCAGAUUCAGAGCCAGAUGAUAGUUCUAGAUCCAUUAAAACGGAAAAGAAAGAGUCUGUGGACAAGAAAAACUCUGAUAAAAGUGCAAUGGAAUCUGCAGUAUUGAAACGAAUAAGACGAAACAGUACAAGUAAUGUGUCAACCCAGUAUGUGCAAGGAGAUCGAUUGAAGGUCAAGUAUGGCCAAGGAAAGACGUUCAAAAUCUAUGAUGCAAAGAUUCUGCAAGUCAAACCACCAGAAGGUCCAGGCGAAGUUACUGAGUAUCUCGUUCAUUAUCAGGGAUGGAAUGCAAGGCACGAUGAAAUAAUAAAACCCCAUCGUAUUGUGGGCUUAGCAGAUGAUCAUUCUAUCCCACAAAGCCCAUCUAGUCAUACUAAAUCACCACGUAGACCUAAAACACCAAACAGUUCUAGACAUUCAUCAGGUGGUAAAGAUGACAUCAUGCCUUCUCCUGGGUUAUCAAUUGAAUUGUCAAAACGGUUUUCCAUUGAUACGGAUUUGUCUCAUAUCACCGAUGAGCUGCCUUCCUUCAUAUCAAAACCACGUGUUUCACAUGGAUUGAAGAAAAAUCUGUCUGAAGAACUCGCAAAAUCAACAAAGAGUUCGGAAAGUUCAAAAUCUGUUUCAUAUGGUAACUCAGCUCGGGCUGGUUCUCCAGUUCUUGUUGGAUCACAAAGAACAAAGCGUUCCAAAUCUCCACAGAUAAAACCAGAACCACAUAACAGAAGUCCAGUACUGGUACGGUCAAAACCGAUCGAAAAAUCUUGCAGUUCAAAGGAAAAAACGAAUGGAAAAUCUUCACCUGUAAGGGAAAAGGAAAGUGCAGUAAAAAAAUUGGAAGAAAAAGACAAAAUUGUGAUAAAGACAGAACCGGAGACUGCACAAAAUGAAGUAAGCAAGCUCUCAACUGCAAAAUCUAAAAGCAAUGAAAGUACAGAGAAAGACACUGACAGCAGUAGCAGUACAAAUAGUAUAGUUGAGGAAGAAACUGUGAAAGAUGAAACUAUCGAUGACAACAGUGAUGAUACACAAGAAGACCUUGCCACACCCAUACAGCAGCCUCGUCGUACUUCAACUCGUAGAUCGAAAUCUCCAGCCUACCUGUCUGACUCGUGGUACCAACCGAAAAAACGAAAAUUCAGCACUUCUAAUGAAAAAACUCCUUCACCGGUUCCAACACCCACUUCGGAAUCCCCAACAGAAAAACCAUCAACUCCAACAUUGUGCAAAUCAUUCACUAACCAUCCAAUUUCUGCUGUCAGAAAAUCUCAGCGAUCACCGUCACCUUCUCUUUCCACAUCCUCUUCAAAUUCUACAGAAAGUGAAGCCACAUCUAAAGAAAAAUCAUCCCCUAUCUUAUUAUCAUCACCUGCUGCUUCAAAUUCUCCUGUGACGACAAAAAAUCGCGACAAAUCAAAAUCUAAGGGUACGAAAACUCAGGAAAAGUCUAAUACAAAAUCAGAAGUGGAAGAUGGCAAUGACAAAAAUAACAAUAAUAAAAAUAAAUUACCUGAAACACUGCUGGAAGCUAAGCAGGUCGAAAGUUUACAGACAUCGGAGUAUGAUAAUUUUGAUGAAGAAGCACCUAGUAUUGCACUUGAAAAACACAAAAAAUCUAGGCAGUCACUCUUACGUUCAAAUGAUAAUAAACAUCCUCUCGACCCUGUGAAAAUCAUUUCUGCCAAAGAUGAAAAGGAAGGAAUAGAAAUAGGGCAGACAGAAUCUCUGGUUCACGAAAGAGAAGUAAAGGUAACAGCUGCUCGGAAAACAGAUGAACGUAACGAUGAACCGAAUCGCCGAAAAAUCAGAAAACGUAAGGCUAAUAAUAAUGCUGCUGAUCAAAAUGAACCACCAAAAAGUCCGAAAGUGGAAAAAAUUGAGUCGGAAGAAAAAGUUGAAAGCUCAAGUAGCGACAAAUCAGCAUCACCGCCAGAUACACAACAGAGCAAUAUUCCAACUGUGACAGCAUCUGAUGAUAUUGCAACUGAGGGACCAUCAUCAUCUGUGGCGACUAUCAAUCAUGAAAAUUCACCAGCUACUAACAAUGCACCAUCCCUUAAUGUUACUACACUUCCACAAAAUCCACCUUCUAGCAGUAAGUCUCUUCUUGAAAACACACCACCAACUACACCUGAGCAAUCUCCAACUCAUGUAUCAGAAGAUCAAGAUAUGGAAAUUGAAAAACAUUCACCUAUGGUAGAUAGUGAUGCUAUGGAUAUCGGGGAAGAACGCAAAGAAAGCAUGGAGAAUACAAGCAGUAGCGGAAAUGAGCAACCUUCUUAUUCUGGGAAAUCAGUGACAGGAAAAGACGAUAAAGAGACAGAAAAUAAUGAUAAACAAGAAGAUGAUACACAAGCUCAAUCUUUGCAGAAGAAGAGGGGACGAAAGAAAAGAACAAAUCAGAAAAAUAGAAAUAACCGUCGACUAAGCUGUGGAAAUGACAAAGAUUCUGAAAGCGAAGAUGAAGCAGAUAAUGAAACAGGUGAAGCAACUAGGAAGAGGCAUGACAGUGGAAAACAGAGGAAGAAAAGAGCAAAAACAAGACCUGAACCUCCUACAGCUCCUCCACCUUUGCCGAGAGAAAAGUUGGAAAGCAUGUCCCAGGAUGAACGUAUUGCUCUACUGCAGUCUCGCAUGGCUGAAAUGAGAAAAGUAUAUCAUCAACUCAAACAAGAGGUUGCCAAUAUUGACAGAAAGCGGAAACGAGCGAAGAGACGUGAAAGAGAAGCUGCUGAAGCGGCCCAGUCUAUCAGCAAGCAAGCCCAAUCGCCUUGUGCUCUGUCCAAAGCCUCGAACGUCACUGAAAACAAAGUCGAACAAGGGACGACUGAUCUAUCCGAGAACAACGUGGCUAAUGUUCAAGUGGCUUCAGAAGGUGAUACAAAAUCUGAAGAUGGUGGACAAUCUAUAUAACGGAGUUGCUUUUUUAUUUUUGAAUAUUUUUUUUAUAAGAGAGAGAUAUAUUGUUGCAUCAGAGUUUAUAAGGACUUCAACGCAUCAUGGAUAUUGUUGCCAUCAACUCAGGAAAUAACUGGGAGGCACGAGAUAAAAUUUUAAGCGUGGUUUACCUACUUGCUACACAGUCUUGUCCGUCUUGCACAAACUACUAUGAUACUGCCUGCCUAAGCAAGAGGAGUGUUUGUGACAUCUAAUUUGCCCCCAAACACUUUCUUUUUCCUUUAAAUGAAAGUAAUUAUUUGUUUAAUAAUAAAUAUUGUUUGAUGGUA